GUUGAGAGAGUGUGAGGUGCUUUUUGAGUUUAGUAAAUGACUGCAGCAAGAAAUACUGUGGGGCUGGGGGGCUUCUGAGCGAUGGAACAGACCCUGUGUGCUGAAAUAUCAGCGUUUGGGCUUUUCUGACGAGGAUUCAAGAAAAACAUUGAAACAAAAAAAUGAGCAGCGUUUCUUAACUGGACCAGACAAUGGAAGUAGCUUCAUGCAGCACUGACAAUUCACCCCAGGGAAACAAGUACGUACUAAAUCAGACUACCUCAGCCAGAGGUAGCAAAAACUAACGUGUGGCUCGAAAGCGACACAUUUCUUCACUGGGAUGCAUGCAAAAAGAAGCGCGGAGGAAAAGAGCAGACGCGUAUGUAUAUUUUCCCAAUGACUUUGGUGGCAUUCCAACACUGUGAGGAGAUUUAGUGUGUAGUUUCGUUUGUUUAAAAUGUUUGCGAUGGAGCGUCUUUAGAUAUCCUCGGCGACUACGCAUCUAAUGCUGCUAUGGAUCGUCCGGAAUGAACAUCUGAAUUUAUCUCAUCGAGUUUUUUCCACAGCGCUGCUUCCACCUGAAAUUCCGCAACCCGUAUGAAACAGGAGCUCCUCCGCUUCACCUACACAGCCGCUGUCGGGAAAAUGACCAGCUCGUCUGUAUGCUCUUGAGAUUUGUUUGGCCUUUCUGGGAAUCUGAAACAAGCAAAGGACGAAUUGUGCACCUCAGAAGUGAGAGAAGAAGGAAUUGUAUGGUGCUCUGAGCUGUGACUACAUCUACUCAUCUCCAACCUGACACAAUGUUCGCACUCGGGAUUUAUUUGUGGGAAACUAUUGUAUUUUUCAGCUUGGCAGCGUCCCAACAAGCAGCGGCUCGGAAAGCUGCCUCCCCCAUGCCCCCGUCAGAAUUCCUGGACAAGCUUAUGGGAAAAGUGUCCGGUUAUGAUGCAAGAAUCAGACCAAAUUUCAAAGACCCACAAGGCUCCAAAUCGGAUGGUACUCACAAAAAAGGUCCACCUGUGAACGUAACAUGCAACAUUUUUAUUAACAGUUUUGGAUCUAUUGCUGAAACAACAAUGGAUUACAGAGUGAACAUUUUCCUGAGACAGCAGUGGAAUGACCCUCGGCUGGCCUACAGCGAAUAUCCCGAUGACUCCCUUGACCUUGAUCCCUCCAUGUUGGACUCCAUUUGGAAACCUGAUCUGUUCUUUGCCAAUGAAAAGGGAGCUAAUUUCCAUGAGGUUACCACUGACAAUAAGCUUUUGAGGAUCUCCAAAAAUGGGAAUGUUUUGUACAGUAUAAGAAUAACACUGAUUCUGGCCUGCCCCAUGGACCUGAAGAAUUUCCCUAUGGAUGUGCAGACCUGUAUAAUGCAGCUGGAGAGCUUUGGCUACACGAUGAAUGAUCUUAUAUUUGAGUGGGACGAGAAAGGAGCCGUGCAGGUAGCGGACGGACUGACGUUACCUCAGUUUAUACUGAAGGAAGAGAAGGAUCUGCGCUACUGUACCAAGCACUAUAAUACAGGGAAGUUUACCUGCAUAGAGGCUCGUUUCCACCUGGAGAGACAGAUGGGCUAUUAUCUGAUCCAGAUGUACAUUCCCAGUCUCCUGAUUGUCAUUUUGUCUUGGGUGUCCUUCUGGAUCAACAUGGAUGCUGCUCCUGCCCGUGUAGGCUUGGGCAUCACAACUGUGCUGACCAUGACCACCCAGAGCUCAGGAUCUAGAGCUUCUCUUCCCAAGGUCUCGUAUGUGAAAGCCAUUGACAUUUGGAUGGCAGUGUGCCUUCUCUUUGUGUUCUCUGCUCUGCUGGAGUAUGCGGCCGUCAACUUCAUUGCACGCCAACACAAGGAGCUGCUGCGCUUUCAUAGGAGGAGAAGGCAUCUUAAGGAGGACGAGGCGGGAGACGGGAGAUUCAGCUUCUCCGCCUACGGCAUGGGUCCGGCGUGUCUCCAGGGCAAAGACGGCAUGGCCAUCAAGGGCAACAACAACAACGCACCCACCUCCACCAACCCCCCUGAGAAGACCGUAGAGGAGAUGCGCAAGCUCUUCAUCAGCCGCGCCAAACGGAUCGACACAGUGUCGCGUGUGGCCUUUCCACUGGUCUUCCUCAUUUUUAACAUUUUCUACUGGAUCAUUUACAAGAUCAUCCGCAGCGAGGAUGUUCACAAUAUGAAGUAAAUAAUGCAGUAAAGAGAUCCGAAUACACCCGUCUCUACACCCCUCCCCACGUCCCACCGUGCCCGCCUUUCUCUCACUGCAGUGCUCUCACUCGCUGUCGGUGAUGACGAGUCCCCGGCAGAGGUAUUUAUUCCUCGUUUUUUUCCGUCUUUUUCUCUCCUGUCCUCCUGAAUAAUCCGGACCUGUGCAAUAGCAAUGCAGUAAAAUGCAUGAUAUAUGAAUGUGGCAAUAUAUUUACUAAAAAAAAUGAAAAUGACUCAAAGUAAAUAUUCAACUUAAGAACUUCUGAACUGAUGACUGGGAAUCCAAGUGGAAAACUUGUACAACUUUUUUUGCAACUUGAAGACGCACUGCAUUGCGAGAAUAUGGAGAAACAUUACUGCUGUAAUAUAUCAUAUAUUUAAAUGAUAAUACUUCCAUAAGAAAGUGAUUGAAAAUUCGACUUUUUUUUGGUGUCUCGAGGCAGUUUGGGGCUUCCAUGAUUAUACGAUGAAAACGUCGCAGAGACCGACAUUUGUUUCGGUACAGUACAUGUGUCCUGGAUGUUUCAUUCUGAUGUCGAUUAUUAAUGGAUCUUGAUGAGUGCCAGUGAAAAAAAUAGAUAUAUUUAUUCGAGCUGUGGUCAAUGUGUUCCUCUAUCUGUGCUCAUUUAAACUUUUUUUAUUAUUAUUUUUAAACAUCAGGUUAUGUUCUGUUCAUGUGCCAAACGUCAUCUUUUAGGUUGACCAAAAAAAAUGACAAUUUCAUUUAUUUAUUUACGUGUUCACCGUUUGAUA